AUGGAAUCCCCCGAGGAAAAGUUGAAACGUCAGACUAUUUGGUACAGAAGGUACAAAUCCAGACUUGGCACACCGAGAUUAUCGGAGCACCAGAGAGCCUAUCUGGAAGAGGUUGGCGCGCUUCUUGUUCUGCCAAAGACAACAACAGAUGCGCUCUUGCCUUUAUACAUAUCCCUACUAGAUGACCUGAUUCCAGUAGUUGAUGGGUCUCGCGUCUUCCGUGAUCUCAGUAAUGGAGAGGCUUCCACAUAUCUGGUACGGGCAAUGUGCCUCGUGAUCUGCAAAACAAAGCAGGCAACCCCGUUUCUAAGACUUACAGAGAACGGGCCUCUUCUUGAGCACCGGAAGUUUGCAUCGAAACUUCUAAUUGGCCUUGAUGCGGCCCUGAAAGCGGACCUUGAGCCAGAUCGGGUCAUCAAGACUCAGAUACUGGCGUUGAUGCACUUGCACAAUGAUGGUUUCGCGGGUGGAAACCGCUCCUCGAGUUAUUUAUCCCAAGCAAUUUGUGAAGCAUGGUCAAUGUCCCUCCACUUUAAUAUUGCUGGAAACACAGACCAGGAACAAUGCAAUUUCCUCUGGUGGUCGCUACGGAACCUCGAUCGGCUGAACAAACCUAUCAUGGGAGCAGGUCCUUUUAUUAUUGACGAUACAGACAUUUCGAUUGAUCGUAUCACGGCCAAGGCCAACAGCUAUAGGUCUCAGAUAAUGGAAGUCUCCACCAUGCUUGGGGAUCUCAUGACCACUGCAACUAAAGUAUACAAGGCCAGCUCAAAAUCGACUGUUGACGAUAGCGGCGUCUUCCCAUCACUUGACGACAUCACGUCGAAUACCAAUUUCUCCCAGUUUCAUCAAUCUCAUCGAGUCUAUCUCGAACUGUGGUAUCACAUCACCGCAAUGUUGUCAUGUCGAUACAGUGGACCAGGGGCUGCACAAUACGAUCGACGACUUGCAUCAGCGGAUCGUAUCCUCCGUAUAUUUUCACAAGGGGGACAUGAAAACUUCCCACCCCUCCCUUUAGUUCCAUACGCGCUCUCCAUGUCUACAACUGUGAUAUAUAGAGCUUUGCGUGACGGACAACGUGACCCGGCCGCGGCCUACGAAGAUCUCCGUUCAUGUUGCGACACGCUGGAUGCGUUAGGACAACGAUGGACGAGCGCGAAGGGAGUGGCUAAAAUAGCCAAGCGUUUAUGCACGAUCAAUGAAAGGGAUUCAAAUAAUCCUCAGCUACGGGAGACAACCCAGGGGCUCCCGAACGAUCCCUACGCUGACAGCCAAGUUGUGUCACUAAACACUAUCCGGACGGUUGUCGAAGAAAAUGGCCCCGUGAAUAUGGAACCAAGCCUCACUUCUUCCCUCACUGGGAGCGAAACGAUUCCGGAAGGGCAAUUGUCUAGUCGAGAUCACCUUUGGCAAGGACAGUCAUUUGGGCCGUGGCCAAGCACCAUGGACGACCCAUCAUGCGUCCCUCUUGAUAGAGCCUUCUACGACCUUUUUGACUACAGCAUUCCUGAUGUGUUUAGAGGGCCGGCAACAUGUGAAUUCCUGCAGCUUGUCCACAAUGAAGACGAUGGCCUGGAUUGUGGUAUACAGUCUACCUCUCCUCUUGCCUCUUUCAGUGGCUGCAACAAUCUAGCUACUGACAUGCCCAUUUGA